ACGCAGGCCCCCGAGGGCUUGAGGCUCAUAGGCUGGAUGUAAUGUGAGGGUCAGAUGGCCUCACAAACCUUAGGACACCCUUUGGUGAGUACAUCUGAGGCAAAGAAGCCUGAGACAAGAAUCAGCCAAGCUGUUAAAUUCAGCCUAGUUGGGUACUUCUGUUCCCUAUAGCUUUUUUUUUUUUUUACUAUAUUCUGGAGGUCAUUUUAGUAAAUUAGUUGCCUGUUACAAACUGUCUACUUCUGAUGGAAUUACAGUAGAAGUUGCAUUCUAGGAAACUAUUGUCACUCAAGAGGAAAAGCUAUGUCUUAUACAUCCAAGCUUCCUGCGUCUUGGAAUGAUAAACCUCCUUCUCGCAAAGUGGAAAUUGACCUGAGUUCCCCUGGAUUGGCAGUGUUUGAGUUGGAAAGACUGUUGUUUACUGGCAAAGCCAUCAUCAGCCAUGCAGAUGAAGUCUGGCCGAGGCUUUACAUUGGUGACCAACACAGUGCAGAGAACCGGGCAGAUCUAUCCAAGCAUCGAGUCACUCAUAUCCUCAAUGCAGCUCACUGCAAACGCGGCGUACAGCCAGACAUCUACGAGGGCAUGGAGAUCACCUACAUGGGAAUAGGGGCUCACGAUUCCUGCAGCUUUGACAUGAGUGUCAACUUCCAGGCAGCUGCAGACUUUAUCCACAUGGCUCUCAGCAGGGGAGGCAAAGUGUUGGUGCACUGUCGGGUAGGAGUGAGCCGCUCGGCCACCCUGGUCCUGGCUUACCUGAUGCUGAAGCAGGACCUAACCCUGGUGGAGGCUAUUUGUGCUGUGAAAGAUAACCGGGGUGUCAUCCCCAAUCGAGGUUUCCUGCGACAGCUGAUCAAACUGGAUGGCCGACUCUUUCGCGCACGCUGAACUAGGGCUACUAGUCGGAGUCCAGAACUUAAAAAUAAAUAUAUAAAAAAAUAUAUGACGAGAUCAAUAAUAUGGCGUAUUGUUAAAAAUAUAAUAAGAUGCAUACAUUUUCAUUCUACUUGUACUGAUAUUGUUUUUGAAAAGAAAUUUACGCCAUCAGAGUACUUUGUGGAUUGUGCUUUUCUUGCAAAAUAUAUUUUUAGAUGCUGUCAAUUUGUACAUGUUUAAUGGAUUUAAGUUUCACAUUAAAAAAAGGGAAUUUAAUACAACUUUCUGUUGGAUGUGCGCCAUUCGAUUCAAUCAGUGCUACUUACAUACUCCAGCACUGAUUUGCUUUAUUUUGAAUGACAUAGUAUGAUAUAGUAUAGUAUGGUCUGCAGACAAUAAUUAUCAUUAACACCUUUUGUGCAUAAAAAAAACAGUCUCAAUUUGAUGCUAUAGUUCGACAGUAAUCAUUACACAGAAUGAAUGCAGAGGCAACGCAUAUAGGAGGUUGGAAUAAAGAAUAAACAAAGCAAAAGUUCAGUUGCUCUGAUCAGUCUUAUAAAAAUGGAUGGUUCACUCUGUCCAACCUGUGUUUUGCUGUUGGUGCUUCCACCAGGAGAAGGUAUGUGGUUAAAAGAAUGGAGGGAGAUAAAAUGCAUUGUUUAAGCAAUAAGAUUCAACUAUGCACGCUGGAAUAAAAAAUAAAAGAAAGACUUCUGUCGAGAGUUGUACAUGGAAAUUCUUUAGAAAUGACUAGAUUUACCUUUCUUUGCAGGUUCAAAUUAUAAAAUAUUGUAAUUUCAUGAAUUUUCAUAUAAUUUAUUUGAUUUUACUCAAUGCCUCUGCGAAUUUGUGUCACGGUAUGUUUAUGGCGAAGCCAAUCAUUCAUAGCAAGAGAGUUGACAAAAUUGUUUUUCAAGGCCUUUGAACCAUCAUGUAUAUUGUUGCUUCUAGAUCAAUUAGUGGAUUAGCUCACAUUGUGUGAGCCAAAUGAACAAUGCUGGCCUCUUAAACAUUUCUCCUAGUUUACAAUGAUGCGUAUCUGGAUCUUAUCAGCAGUGGUCUGCAUGGGAAGAAGCCAUCUCCAUGAACAUGGUCACCAUGGUGAUCGUUAUGUAGCCAGUGAGAAAAUGUCCCUCCUGAGCUCCUGUAGGUUCAGCCCCCCCCCCUACUUCCUUCCUAGGCUGGAUAUGAAGGCUGCACAUAAUGACACUGCAGGCAGCAUGCUGUGCCUUUCUGUGUCAAAAUGAUUUGGGCAUUGGUGACGCUUCUGCUCUGUGCCCCAGAUCCAGUUUCUCAGGAGAAGGCCAAACCAGGUGUGAGCUGGCCCAGGUGGAGAGAAACGCAAAGGCCAGGCUGGGAUUAGAAGCACUGCUGUUUUGUUUUGUUAUAUUUUGUCCCUGUUUUGUGUUUCUUUAUUUUGUGCCACUAAUAGAACCCAAUUUCUUUGUUAAAACCCAUAGUUGUUUUACUACAUUCCCAGAGCUGACGGGAAUCUCUUCAAUAAAUUGUUUCCUAUCAUUGAUAUUUUAAGACAAAUGUUCAAAUAAAUGUUGUACUCUGGGGGAA